AUGAGCGGGAUGGAAGUCGCCGGGCCGACGUCGGCGCUGACGGAGACGGGCGUCGAUGCUCGGUCCGUGAACGUCGCCGGGACGACGAAGAUCGAGCUCGAGACGCAGACGCACGCGGUCGGGAUCAUCCAACCGCCCCCGGACGUCAAGGCGAUCGUGGACAAGACCGCGCAGUUUGUCGCGCGGAACGGCCCGGAGUUCGAGCAGAGAAUCUUAGGCAGCGAGAAGAACAACGCGAAGUUUAACUUCCUGUUACCGAACGACCCGUACAACGCGUUUUAUAAAUCUCGAAUCGCGGCGUUCAAGGAGGAAGCCGCGGGCGGAGACGCGGCGUCCGUCGCGGCGAAAGCCGAGGCGGCGGCGAAAGAGGCGCAGGAGAAGAGCGGCGUCGCCGUCGUCGCGGGCACGGGGGCGGCCGCGCCGAAGGUGUUGGUCGCCCCGAAGAAGGAGGAGUACACCGUGCACGUCCCGCUCGGGAUCACGAGCUUGGACUUGGACGUCAUCAAGCUCACGGCGCAGUUCGUGGCGAGGAACGGGAAGAGCUUCUUGACCGGGCUGACGUCGCGCGAGCACUCGAACCCGCAGUUUAACUUUUUGAAGCCGACGCACUCGAUGUUCACGUUCUUCACGUCCCUCGCGGACGCGUACUCGAAGGUGCUCAUGCCGCCGACGCACGUCGCGGAGCAGCUGAGCAAGGACGAGGACAAGAGCGCGCUGUUAGAACGCGCGUUGCAACGGUUGGAGUGGGAGCGGUCGCGCGACGCGGCCAAGGCGGCGGCGGACGACGAGAUCGAGAAGGAACGCGAGGCGAUGGCGUUGAUCGACUGGCACGAGUUCGUCGUCGUGGAGACGAUCGAUUUCGACGACGACGAGGACGAGGACCUCCCGAUGCCGCUCACGGUGACGGAGAUCAUGUCUCAGCUCCGGGACGCGGAUCUCGGCGGCGGCGUCGACGGCGGCGACGGCGACGUCGGCGUCUCCGGCGCGGAGGACGCGGGCGACGGCGAGACGAUGGACAUGGACGAGGACGAGAAGGCGAUGAUCGCGGAGGGCGUCGCCGCAGGCGCGGCGACCGCCGCCGCCGCGCCUACGGUCGGGUUAUCCGCCCCGGAGCCGUCGAUGAAGAUCGUGAGGAACUACAAAAAACCCGAGGUGCUCGCCGCGGAGGCGAAGGCGCGAGGGACGGGCGCCGGCGCGGACGCGACGAAGUUCGCGGUGUCGCCCAUCACGGGCGAGCUCGUCGCCGUGGAGGACAUGGCGGAGCACAUGAGGAUAUCCCUCAUCGAUCCGAAGUGGAAGACGCAGAAAGAGGCGAUGCUCGCGAAGUUGAGGGACAGCACGAUGGCGAACGACGAGGAAGUCGCGACGAACAUUUUGAUGCUCGCGCGGACGCGGCCGGACGUCUUCGGAACGACGGACGAGGAGGUUUCCAACGCCAUCAAGGACAGCAUCGACGCGAAGAAGAAGGCCGUCCCCAAGGUGCCCGCGGCGGGGGCUCUGAAGGCUGCGGGAGGCGGCGGCGGCGGCGGCGGCGCGCUGCCGGCGGUGCCUCCUCCCCCGCCGCCGCCCGCGUUCGCGGUCCCGCCGCCGCCGGCGAUCCCGGCCGCCGCGGCGGCGCCGCCGCCUCCCGCGCCGACGGGCCCGUCGCUGAAACCCGCGCCCGCGGGUCUUCCCCCCGCGCCGACGAUCGUGCCGCAGGUGCCGGUGCCGAUGCCCGCGCCCGCGGGAGCGCUGCGGCCGCUCGGGGCGCCGCCGCCGCCGGUCGCGCCCGCGCCCAUGGCGCCCGUGGCGCCUCCGGCGCCGCCGCCCAUCGCCGACGCCGAAGAGGAGCCCGCGACGAAGAAGAGGAAAAUCGGCGAGGUCGAGCUCGACGCGGAGGAGGACUUCCUCGCGGCGAACCCCGGCGGCGGCGUCGUCAACGUGAAGCUCCCGUCCGUGGACGGGGACGAGCACUUGAACGGGAACGUCAUCGCGCUCACCGUGGACGCGCUGUCGAUGCCGCUGUCCGAGUUUAAGAAGCUCAUCAAGGAAGCGGUCGGGGGGCUCGCGGCGAAUAAGCAGAAGAUCAGCGCCCCGGGGUUGGGGUUCUUGACGGAUAAAAACUCUCUCGCGUAUUACAACGUCAAGGCAGGCUCGACGCUGACGCUCGCGUUGAAGGAGCGCGGCGGGAGGAAGAAGUGA